CUCCUUGUCUGCAAAACAACAUAUAACGGCUGCCGACUCGCAUGUGACGCUGUCGUUCGCGCGAUCGCAUUAUUAGCAGAUUUUAUGAAAAUAAUUUCAUUGACACUCGCUCGUUAUCUCGAUGCGGUAAAUGUGUUUUUCGCGGCGCAUCGAGUAGAAACAGAAGAUCGGAAAGAUCGUCCCUCGAUCCGUUCGAGCGAAUGCCUCGAAGCGGUUACGAUUUGUAUUGCGCCAUUCACUUAGCUUAUGUACGUUAAUACACGUUAGUGUUGAAUUUAGUGUUUGAGAGUUAAUUCAAGCAAAAAGUUCAGUUGUUGAAGAGAAGAGAGUGUGUUUAAAAAAAUCUUUUACGAGAUGAGUGACGAUCAGUCAGCCGAUCAAAGCCCAACUACAGAGUUGUCAUCCAGUGAUAUUGAAAAAUUGGAAGAAGCCAAACUAAAAGCAAAGUAUCCAAAUGCGGCUAAUCGUCCGUUUGGCGGUCAUUCUGCAUUUUUGCAGAAAAGGCUAGCCAAAGGACAAAAAUAUUUUGAUUCUGGGGAUUAUCAAAUGGCAAAACAAAAAUCCACAGCUAAGCCAAAGCCAGCUGGUGUUUUGCCAACAGGUGAUGCUAUACCAACACCAGAGUCAGUCCCACAACGAAAAACAUCUAUCAUUCAACAAAAAUUCAACACAACAACAACAUCUUAAAAUAUUUCUGUUGUUAUAUUUUGUAAUUACUUAGUCUUUUAGUUUGAGUCAGAAUAAUAUGAUACAAUUACAGAUACAAUCCGAGGUUCUGAAAAACUUUUAAUUUUUAUUUAAAAAAAGAUCUUCUGUAAACUAUUUCACGUAUUUACUAUAUGAUUUGAUAUUUGAUGCUUUCGCGAUGUGUAGUAUUAACAUACAAAGAUGUUUUUUAAAGAGCAGCCUGAUCAGU